UGCUCCGAGAUGUGCUCCGUCCUGCCCACGCCGGGCACCACCAUCACUUUGCGGGUCUCCUUCGUCGAGGUGCACCCGGAGAUCCCGCUGGCCCGCCUGUGGGGCCUGACGGGCGAGUGGGGCGAACUCUACGCCAGGCUCCGCGAAGACAUCCAGGCUGCGCCGGGCCCUCGCUUGGCCAGCGUCCCCGGGGGCGGCGGCGGCGGCGGCAGCCCCUUGGCCUUGUCGGUGGGCGACCUGUGCCUGGUGGAGCUGGGCGGGCAGUGGCAGCGCUGCCGCGUGGUGGGCCGCCAGCGAGGCCCCAGCCGAGACUACCGGGUCUUCCUGCUGGACGAAGGCCGCACCGUGGGCGCAGGCGCUUACUACUUGGCCCGAGGCCGCGAGGAGUUCUUCCACCUGCCCUCGGAGGUCCUGAGCUGCAUCCUGGCCGACCUGGUGCCCCCGGGGAACUUUGGGGUCGAGGCGGCAGCCGGGGGCGACCCCCAGGGUCUGACCACGCUGAGAGGCACCAGCAACAGUAGGCCCAGUUUUGGCUGGACGGCAGGUGCCGUGGAGUUCCUGGGCUACCUCCAUGGGAAAGAAGUCUCCGGAUUGGUGCGGGAGGUGCUCAUCCCCCAGCGCCUGGUGGUCCUGGAGCUGCCCCGGCUGCUGGCCCAGAUGCACCACCUGGGGCUGGCCAGCCAGAUCUCGCCCGCAGCCUUCCGCGCUUUGCUCAACGCCUCCCUGGGUGCCACUGCUAUCCCGCCGGAGCAGGCCUCCUUACCUUCUGCACCUCCUCCUCAGGUGCCCGUUGUUCCUGCCGCCUCCGCUCCGACCCGAGGCCAGUUAAGCCCCGGUUCCCUGGAUUACUACUACCCCAAGCUGGAGUUAAACAUGACCGAGUCAGUACUGGUGACUGAAAUAUGCGACCCACACAGAAUCUACUUCCAACUGCGCAGCCUCUCCAAAGAGAUCUACCAUCUCUCCGAUAGCAUGAGCCAAGCCUUUGAGGGGGCCAGAGGAGAUGGUGCGCAAGAGGCCUUACCCGCUCCUGGUUCUCCCUGUGCUGCCCGGGGCAUAGAUGGACGCUGGUAUCGAGCUUUGCUGCUUGAGAUAUAUCCUGGGGGUAGUGCGGAAGAGCAGCCGGGGGCGGUGGCCCAGGUGAUCUGCAUGGACUAUGGCAGGAAGGAGUUUGUGACCAAGAGAAACCUGCGUUGCUUGCCAGAGGUGUAUUUCCGGAUGCCAGUGGUGACCUACCUUUGCUCGUUGCAGGGGAUCACGGAUGGAGGUUGCGGCUGGACCCGCUCACAGAUUAGUGAGCUCAAGACUUUGCUUUUGGGCAAGGUGCUGCAAGCCCGCAUUGAAACUUACUGCGCCUUUGAGCAUGUAUAUUACGUGACCUUUCUGGGGGAAGAAGGCUUCAACCUCAACUGCCUUUUUGGGGUGCAGGCAAACUGCCUGACCCAGAGAUUUGUGCAUAGCCCUCAAGGGCACCCUUCGGACUUAGGGGCUGAACAGGAAAGCAUCAGUUCCUCUGCCAAGAAGGAGACACUGGGCAAGCGAUCCACAUUUACUGCCAGCUCCCUGCCCAGUCUGCAUUUGAAGGCAGGUGAGUGCCACAAAGUCCAAGUAUCCUUCCUCCAAGACCCCAUGCAGUUUUCCGUGUACCUCCAGGAGUACCACCAGCCUCUCUGUCGCUUGAAACAGAACUUACAAGACUUUUAUUCACAAAGCAAAAAACUAGAGGGGGUUCUCCUUGAGCCCCAGCCGGGUUCCUUGUGCUGUGUGAUGCUGAAGGAGAAUUUCUAUCACCGUGCCAUUGUCACCAGUGUGCAGGGAGAAGGCAUCGAAGUAUAUCUGGUUGACCGGGGGAACAAGGAAAUAGUUGACCUGUACAAGGUGAGGGAACUGCUUCCUCAGUUCAGAGAACUUCCUGCUGUGGCGCUCAGGUGUGCCCUGGCUAAUCCUUCUUCCUUGAGUCAGCCAUGGACUCCAUGCUCUGUAGACUAUUUCAAGAAAGCUGUGCUGAACAAGGAACUAGUGAUGCAGGUCCUGGGCAUGCAGGGGGACAUGUACAUAGUUGAACUUUUUGAUCAUUCUCUAGCAGGAGAAAAAAACAUAGCCAAAAUCAUGUCCCAGGGGAAGUAUGGUGAGCAUUAUGGCGAAGCAGUAUCAGAGACUAUCCAGAAGCUUUCGGAUAAGCCUGUGAGAAAGGGUGUUAAAGAACAGGGCGUAAGUCAAAACCCUAUGAGACAAACAUCUGCAAAAGAUGAAUUCCCAUCCAAACGUGACCAUCCAGCUUUGACGGCCAAACGCCAAGCACUUGGAGGCCUUUGCUCAUUGCCAAGUGAAACAGUUGGAAAAGAAGACUCUAAGGGUGUCCCAAACAGUUUGUCCUAUCUGGCGCACAACUACUCUGAAAUAAAGCCAGGAUUAUCUUGUGAAGGGCAGUUAGAAGUUGGAAGUACAGUAGAUGUGAUAGUAUCUUACAUAGAAAGCCCUAGUCUCUUUUGGUGUCAAUUGGCUAAAACUUCCCAUGACCUGAAGAUACUUAUGGCUGAGAUUCAGCAUUACUGUGUUCAUGCAGCACAGCCUCAUGACUGGCCUAACCCUGUGUGUUUGGCUAAGUAUUCAGAAGAUGGGAAGUGGUACAGAGCUCUUGUUAUUCGUGCCGACCGCUCUAAAGAAGAGGUAGAAGUUGCAUAUGUUGACUAUGGGAAUAAAGAGCUUGUUCCUAUAAAGAAUCUGUGCUCAACUAAGGCUGAGUUUCUCCAGUUGAAAGCCCAGGCUUUCCGAUGUAGCCUUUACAAUUUAAUUCAGCCAAAUAGCCAGGAUCCUUUUGUUUGGGAUGAAAAGGCCACUGAGAUUUUUCAGGAAUUUGUUGAUUCAGCAAGCAAAAUUGAACUGAAGUGUACCAUAUUUGCUUUAGCAGCAUUAAAUAAUGCAUACCUCUUUAACGUUGUCGACUUAAUCACACCUUUUGAAAGCGCGUGCCGUUUUUUAACAAGUAAGGGCUUAGCCAGAUCUGUAGCACCACAGAAACCCUUGAUAUCAUCAGUUCGCCUUCUUUCUUACUAUUAUUCAACACAUGACAUCAAAAUAGGCAGUGAAGAGUUGGUCUAUGUCACAUAUGUUCACGAUCUGUGUCUGUUCUACUGCCAGCUGGCCAGAAGCGCGCGUCUUCUUGAACACUUAACAAAUAAAAUUGGUAAGCUCAGCAAAGUGGGGCAUAGUUUGGAAUCCUCACCGGUUCCUGAAAACUUGUAUCUGGCAAAGUAUACUGAUGGCUGCUGGUACAGAGCAAUACUGGCUCAGCCAAGUACCACCAAUGAAGUCGUCUUUGUGGAUUAUGGGAAUGUUGAGGUGCUGAAAAAAGAAGAUCUGAUUUUAGUACCCAGAGAUGCCUAUGAGAUACUGCUUUUGCCAAUGCAAGCGAUUAAAUGUUCAUUGUCUGAUAUUGGUAAUGUACCCAAAGAAGCCGUCACAUUGUUUGAAAAUUUAGUGCUAGAAAAGCCCUUAAAGGCUUUAAUUGUAGCAAAAGAACCUGAUGGAAAACUGGUUGUUGAAUUGUAUGAUGGCAAAAUGCAGAUCAAUGCAAAACUGAAAGAAAAAUUAGAUUUACCAGGCAGCAAAAGAAUGGUCAGAUCUGCAGAAAGUAGGGAAUUGGGCAGUGAAGCAAGGAGGCCAUUUUUUACAGGGGGUGACCACUCUACCCCAGGGGUUAAGAGACACCUGUCUAAAAAUCUGGAACCCCUGGGCCAUAGCAGACCCAGUGCUGGGUACAGAGAAGUAAAACCCUCUCAUCAGAAAACAAGGGGAGAGACGGUGAUGCAGUUGUCUCUGCCAGUGGAAGGGCUUAGCCAAACUGAUCCAGUGGGAGUUAGGAGCAGACAUGAUGGGCCCCUGGAAAAGAGGGAAGGGACAGGUGAUAGCUUCGAAAACAGAAAUCAAAAGGACAUUUUCACAGACUCUUCACUUAAGAAAAUAUGUGAUUUGCCUCUGAAAAACCUAACCCCUGGUUUUAAGACCUUUGUGUAUGUUUCUCAUAUAAAUAAUCCUUCUGACUUUUAUGUUCAGCUAGUAGAAGAUGAGUCCCUGCUUGACAGUAUUUCAGAGAAACUAAACCAGUCUGAAGCAGUUGAGUUCCUGAAUGGACAGCAGCUCUGUGUAGGAGACUUGAUAGGUGCAGUUUUUCCUGAAGACAGCUUGUGGUAUCGAGCUGUAGUCCAAAAGCAGCCAUCUGAUGAAUUGGUCAGUGUACGAUACAUUGAUUUUGGCAAUACUGCAGUAGUUGACAUUUGCAAAACAUGUCGACUUCUGGAGGACUGUGCACUGUGUCCAAGAAUGAGCAUUCAUUGCUCUUUGGGUGGAGUGAAGUCCAGUGGGUGUCUAAAGUGGACAGAGGAAGCAGUGCUGUGCUUCUCCCAGAGUACAAGUGAAAUUCAGAUGAACUGUGAAUUUGUGGAACAGCUUGAAGACAAAUGGGAAGUUAUUCUGUGUGACAAAGAAGGUAACAUGCUGGCUGAUUUGGUUAAUUGUCAUCGUGCAUGCAAAAAAUCUCUGCCAGUAGAGACACCUGACAAAAAUGAAACCGAAGUUGACUUGAUUCAUUUGGGUAAAGCUGUUUCUGAUGAGCCUAGCAGACCUGCAGGUGUACAGGAUGCCAAGUCGUUUUUCUGGGAGGCACCUGUAGGUGGACAAACUGUAAAAGUGUUUACAAGAGCCACAAAGAGCCCAGAUUAUUUCUGGUGUCAGUUUGCUGAUCUGUCUGAAAUCAGUUCCAUUGAAAAGAAAGUCCAGGAUGCUGCAAAGCUGGUUGGUUGUAAUAUGACUGAUUUGAAAAUUGGUUGCCCUUGUCUAGCAAAAUGUAGUAAAAGCGAAAAUUUUUACCGAGCAACAGUUACCAGUGUACAAGAGAACGCCUUGAGAGUUGCUCAUGUUGAUUAUGGAACUGAGGACCUUGUCACCAGAGAGAUGUUAAGGGAGAUUUCUGAUGAGCUGUUAACACUACCUCCUCAAGCGUUUCCAUGUAGUCUGUUUGGAUUUAAUUCCUCUGAGGGGUCCUGGGUAGAAGGAACAAUUGAUAUCUUUUGCAUUAAAACAGUAGAUUCUUUACUAGAUGUUACUGUUAUAGAAAUACUGUGCAGUAGGCCUUCUGAAAUCCCAUUAUUUGCUGUUAACUUGGAAUGUCAGGGGGAAAGCAUUAAUGCACAAAUGAAACCUUUUUGGAAGCCUAACAUUGAAGACAGUGGCUCAGCUGUGACAAACCUCUUCAGUCAUGAAGGACAGAACAAAGAUGCUAAGGCAGAAGAUUUGAAAGCUGUUCUCUGUGAAAUGGAAACGUCUGCUUUCACUUCAGUGGCUUCAAAAGGUACCAAGGCUUCAGAGGAUUUGUUAUGUGCUCCAGAGCCUUUUCAGCCAACAGAAGAGUGUUCAGCUUCUACAAGAAAUGUGGGACUUUGUGAAGCGAAAGGAAAUGAAUAUCCAGCCAAGCAUCACCAGACCACCUUUGAGGUACUUAAUAUAGGGGAACAACAAACUAUACCUGAGGUGCCUCCUGAUGAACUGGACUGUUUGGUCCCCGAGAGAGAAGGUGAGCGCAAGAUGUGUGCUGUUAGUUGUACAGAUGUUUCUGAAACACUGUCUCCAGGGAGUGUUGAAACAGAGGUGUCGGAACAAAAUCCCUUUGAAGCCCAAGAGGAGGGCUUAACACAGGAUCCCUUUGACAUAGAGCUGCUGUUGAGCGUUGAAAAUGUCUCAUCAGAAAGCUUGGUGGGACUGGAAUCCAUUGAUUCCAAUCAGCCCUUACCACAGGAUCCGUUUGACAUGGAGCUGUUGUUGAGUGCUGAAAAAGCCUCCUUGGAAAGCUUAGUGGAACUGGAACCCAUUGAUGUGAACCAUCUCUUGUGUGAAGAAAUGCGAGAGACCUCCAAACUGGACUUGGUUGAAGAGCCCUCAGAAACAGAGUUAAAUCCAAGCCCUUUGCUAAUGGAUGAAGUGAGCUGUUGGCGAAGCUGUGGGCAAGAGAGACCACUAGAACUGCCAGACCCUUCACCACCCCCGUUGCUAGCUGUCGAAAGCCAGGAGCUGCGCUUAUUGUCUGCUGUACCCCCUCCCUCUCUCCCAGAAAUUCAGUCUGGCCUUUCAGAAAACAAAUUAGAACUGCAAGCCACAUGUUGCACGGGAGAGGAAAUAGAUCUGUGUGAAACUGGACCUGAUGCCCCGAAGCAGAACGACAUGAAACAGCAAGCUGUUUUGGAGGAGAGCGUGGAACAAGUAGAGACGAGGCCUGUCCCAUGCACUGGUUUUGAAGACAGCAAUAGCGAGUUGGCCGAGGAUGAUUUUGCAAAUCAGCUGCAGUGGGGAGAGCAAGCUGAAGCUUCACGUCGGAGUGCUGAAAAAAAUGACACUCCUUGUGAGUUAAAAGGAUUUGAUGUUGGAUCUGAAUCAGUGGUGGGGAGAGAUGCACAAAGAUAUGAGGCUCAGAGCUUGGACAUUUCUACUGAAGGCACAGAGGUAUUAUGUGAAGAAAUAGAUACCCUGCCUUAUAUGUCAGAAAGUAGUUUAGCAGUUGAAGCCCUGAAAGUAGAGAUGGAUGAUUCAGACAUCGAUGCUGAUCCUUUGGGGUUAAGUGACCAGCAACACUGAAAGCAUACCUGCAAGAUGGAGCUGUUGAGCACGAGCUUCUUCAGAUUUCGGUACUGAUGACCGGGGCAGCUGAGAGGGCGAGUCCUACUUCACUGGGAAGGAGUUUGCUACUUAAAUGAGCCCCCAAAGUAUUUUCUUGGAAUAGUGGUUUUUGGUAAGACCGGAAUACGGGAUUAGUAGACUUAGUUGUCUUUGUCUUGAUGCUCUAAAACUGUUUAAACUCUGUUAUGAAUGGAAGAAAUACACUUUUGAGUGUACUUUGAUUAUACCAACCUCUUAAAAGAAGUUCUGGAUAUUUAGAACACUGUGUUUUGAACUUUGGUUAACUAAGGGAGAAUAAACUUGUUUUGUUUUUGCUGUUCA